AUGACCUGCCUUAGCGAUAACGACAAAGACAUUGCAUCUUGUUCACUGCUAUUGAAGCAGGACAUUAAAGACGAAGAAGAAGAAACGCUGACCUCGUCUGAAGUUUGUGUUGGACAAGAUUCUAAAAACCACAAUGUAUCCUACAUCGACGAACAGUACUGUCAUCUGUAUUGUACAGGUGCAUCAAACGCAUAUCUGAUUGCUAAACGACCAACCAACAAUAAUAAAUGCACCAAAUUUUUCAGCUAUAAGAUUGUUCAACGAAAUACCGAGUGGUAUUUGUGGAGAUCGUCAAAAUGUUUACGUACAGAGCUGCAGUUUGAUAUUGCAUGUCAGUUCAAUUAUCCACAAAACUCUGGAAAAAGUAUUAAAGAUCUUAUUUCGAAAAAGUAUACUAAAGAUCAGAUAUGA